AUGACGAAGACCAUGAUCAUCCGCCAUCGGCUAACAUACGCAACUGGCACAGCUACAGCACACCUCAUCAACAGCUUCCAUACACCCCAAGGAGUUCAGCAAGCAAGCUUCUACUUUAAUUUCUCUGCAACUUACGUUGGUGUUGGAAUGAUCUGCCCAACAGUUGUAAGUAUUUCAAUGCUUGCUGGUAGCAUUCUCUCCUCGGGAAUCUUGUUGCCCUACAUUGAAUCCAAGAAAGGAGUAUGGUACAAUUCAGAAUACAAAGAAAGCAGUAUGAUGGGCAUCUAUGGGUACAAGGUGCUGAUCUCCAUAGCAAUGAUGCUUGGGGAUGGUUUAUUCCAGCUUCUCCUGAUACCAUUCAAAGCAAUGAGGAAUUUACGCAGGAAACAACAACAACUAGCAGCAGCAACCAAUGCCUUCAGGAGCGUGGAUGCCAUAAGACGCACUGUCCUUAGCUUUGAUGAUCGCCGCAGGACACAUAUAUUUCUCAAAGAUAACAUUCCCCUCUCCUAUGCCAUCCUGGGCUACACUAUACUGGCAAUUAUUUCUACAAUUGCGAUUCCACACAUCUAUUGCCAGAUAAAAUAUCAGCACAUCAUCGUUGCUUACAUAUUUGCCCCUCUCCUGGCAUUCUGCAAUGCCUAUGGUACUGGUAUCACAGACCUAAACCUCUACAAUCAGUAUGCAAAGAUUGUGAUCAUGAUAUUUGGGUUCUGGAUCACUGCUGCAAAGGGUGGGGUGAUUGGUGGUCUUGUGAUUUGUGUAAUCAUGACGCUAAUCAUCAGCACAGCUGGGGACUUCAUGCAAGAUCUCAAGACUGGCUAUCUCACACUCACCUCGCCAAGGUCCAUGUUCCUGGCUCAGGCGAUUGGAACAACGAUAGGCUGCAUCAUCAACCCAAUUCUUUUCUGGGUGUUCUAUCAUUGCUACCUACAUGACUCCACAGGAAGCUACCCUGCGCCAUUUGCCAGGGUCUACCGCAUCAUAGCCGUGGUCGGUGCUGGAGGCUUCGUUGAACUACCAAAGUAUUCCAUUGCAAUCAGCAUACCCAUUUUCUUUUUAGCAAUAGCCACGAGUGCUAUUAGGGAGGUCGCCAUACAUAAGAAUUGGCGCAUCCAGCACUAUAUCCCAAGCGUCGCUGCAAUAUCAGUGGCAUUUCUUAUACAUCCUACCACAUCCAUAGACAUGUGCAUUGGCAGUUUAAUACUUCUAGCGUGGAACAAGGUUGACGCCGAAGAUGCGAAUCUUCUUGCAUCGGUAGUGGCAUCCGGACUGAUCUGUGGCGAAGGGAUAUUUGCAAUACCAGACUCAUUGAUGGGGAUCUACAAUGUCACUCCACCAAUGUGCAUAAGGUUCUUGGCUUCAGAUGUGAACGAGAAGGUAGAUGCGUUCCUAGCAAAACAAGCUCACUAA